UGACAAGUAGCCGAUCACCAGACACCAAGCUCGGCAAAUACCUACAGGGCCUGAUCUCUGGGCCCAGCGGCAACGACCUCACCCAUGGUAUUUACAGGCUACAGGUUGAGGGCAAGGACGGCGGCAUCUUCAUUAUCUUCCUAGGCAAUGGAGUGCGCCAGGUGGUGGAGGGUGACUUGCCCAAGGUAACUCCAGAUGUAGCAGUGGUUAUUAGCAAGGAGGACCUGAUGGCCAUCUUUGAGGGCACUCUGGCCCCCUUGCAAGCCUACCUCUCAGGCCAUCUGACUGUCCAGGGCAACAUCCAGAUGCUGAUGGGCCUUGAGACACUGAGACAGACCACCAAAGACAAAGACAAAGAGGACAUCUUUGUGGUCUGAUGUUAAUUGAAACGGUGGCACUUCCUUUCCUCCUGUCUGUAGAAAGGGGUGUCAUGGAGUGGUGAAGAUAGAUUUUUGUUUUGUAUUUGUUUUGUGUCUGUUUUUAAAGUCAGAAUUGUGGGUGUGGAUAGGUUUCCACAUCUGGUAAUUUGCACAAAUCUUUUUCUUUUUUCUAUCUCUUUCUCAAUUUUUAUUUAAGGUUGUGAUUUCUCUGGCUAGUCUUUUAUUUGCAUCUUAAAUGGCACGAGGGAUAGUAGGAGCAUAUUUCAAAGCAAGACUUUUAUGUGUAGUUAGCAACACAUAAUGUUUCCUCCAGAAGAAUGUGCCAUUUUUGUAUGAGCAGAUUAUUUUAGUUUUUCUUGGUUAUAUUCAUUCAUUCUCACAGUAUUCCAAAAUAUACAACUUUUCCCCAGUAUUUAUUUUACCAUUAUAAUCUCUCAAAGAGAGUGAUCUCUAGACAGACAAUGCAAACUCCUUGUCACAAAGGAAGUAUAUUGUAUGACAGUUGCUAUCUCCAUUUGCCUGCUCGCACGGCAUAUAAGCAAAACAUGCUCUACGUAGAAAAAAAAGUCUUGUCAUGAGUGGCUGGUUUAUAUUUUUAAAGAAGAUUGUCUUUGCAUUUUAUGAGAUGUGAAACAAAAUAUAUUAAUAUGAUUUAUUUCUUGUAGUUUUCUCUUUAAUUAUUUAUAUAAUUUUUAACUUUCACACUUUCAUUUUAUAGCAAUUGCUAUUUUCCUGACUGUAAUUUUGUUAGUGGUGCAGAUUGUAUUCAAA